UUGUAUGGAAUGGAUGGAUUUAAUUUGACCAUGAUGGAUUUAAUUUGACCAUGAUGGAUUUAACAGCUAGGCUAAUCAGAAUAGCCUAGGCUACAUGUGGUUUUACUGCUUUCAGUGUUGUUAUGUUAAAAAUCCGUGACCUAGCUAACUGGUUGUCGGGGUAGUCAGGUGAGUUUUGGCGUGGGGCCAUGGGCAGUGGUGAAAUUAAGUAGGCUACAUUAAUUGUUUUCACUAUUCGACAAUCCAACCAUCAUCAUGGACGGCGGAGUGAUCGUAGUUACCAAUCCCACUGUGAAUGUGCGCCUAACCAGCUCCAUCUCCUCCUUUGAGGUGCAGCGCAGGUUUGAUAGAGGGAUUACUAUAGCAGCACUGAAGGGAAAAUUGGAGAUGAUUCUGGGCGCAUCUCCCUCCUGCAUGGACCUGGAGUUGUUCAGUGUCUCUGAUAAGUUCAUGCAGAAAAUGGACAACAAUGAAGCUUUGCUGGGUUCCUAUCCUGUGGAUGAUGACUGCAGAAUACAUGUUACUGAUAGAAGUGGUCAGAUGAGCGAGUUCACGGAUGUUUCCAAAGUGGAGAAGUUUCAACUCGCAGAUGAAGACUAUGAUAAGAGAACAGAUUCAGCAAGGUCAUUCAAGAAGAAACAACGUCUGGGUCAAUUCAAUGAGGAAGAAAUGGCCAAGAAGAAAGCUGAGAUUGCUGCUCGGGAAGAGAAACAUAAGGCUGCAGCUAAUGCCAUUUCUGUUGGUAGCAGAUGUAAAGUGCAGGUCACUGGGCAACCCACGAAGCUUGCCACAGUCAUGUAUGUUGGUACAGCAGAUUUCAAGCCAGGCUACUGGGUGGGUGUGAAGUACGAUGAGCCCCUGGGAAAGCAUGAUGGAAUUGUUGACGGGAAAAAAUACUUUGAAUGUGAGAACAAAUACGGUGGAUUUGUGAAGCCCUUGAGUGUGACUGUUGGAGACUUUCCUGAGGAGGAUUACGGUUUAGAUGAGAUGUAGGACUGUAAUAGGACAAAGUGGGGUAGAGUUUUUCUGCCCUGAAAUUUGAGCGUCAACCGUAUCCAUUCACCAACCAGAGAUGAAGGAAAGUCAAUGUCACUGUAAUAAAUGAAAUUUCUGUUUUGUGCUUCUCUGGAGGGCAUGAUCCAAAGAGCUGUGUCUAAAGGUCUUUUAGGUUCAAGUUCUCUCUCACUAACAUUGGCACAACCUGAUAGAGGUGAAUAUCAGGUAGGAAAUCUCUUGCUGCGCUGGAUAAGAUGAUAGUAUAGAAUAAUCACACCAAUAAGGUUAGAUAAAGGAGGGGGGUUUGUUGCAUGUAAGGCAGCAUAAUAAAGGUUAGUAUGUGGUCCUUCACGUCAUGCCCCUCUGUUCAUUUUAGCUUGCUUUAGUAGUACUUGUUGCUGCCAAGCCCUCUCAACAUGGGAGUCUAAAUCUAUAAAUCUAAAAGUCUGCAUUGACAGUUUUAGAUAACAUUUCUCUCAUUUAGUUUGUAUCAGUUUGUACCAAGAUGAUUGUAUAUAAAUGUUUAAGUUAACUGUAGUCUGAGCAUUUUUUGAAGACUGUACAUUGCUGAGAUAGUGGUCAAAAAAAAAAGAAACUCCUAAAAUACUUUGACACUAAAUUAAAAAGCAGCAUUGUACCGUGUAUUCCAGACUAACAUGACGUGACGUGCAUAUCUUCAUUUAAGGUAAGCUGGAGAAAUGCUUUCCAAUCAUUGAUUAAAAUCAGUGCUUGAUAGUCAAACACAUUCCACCAUAUUUCACUCAGGAUUGACAGUUAAGAAAUUCCCAGUUCAUGAGGAAAGAACAACAGUAGCCUCAACAGUCCAUAGUGCAACAAAGCUGUUUAGAGCAACAUAGGUGUAUACUGUCUGGAAUAUGAGUGAAAGUAUGCAAGGGUACAUAUUUCCUCUCUAAACAACUUUAAAUUUCAAUUUGUGUGUAUGUACAACCACAUUUUUAGGUUUUACAAGUGGUUAUAAGGAAUUCCAUUUUAUUUUUCUGUGACUGAAUUCCUCCUAAAUUGUGUGCACUUGAAUAACAUUCAAUUUUAUUCAGAACCUAAAGUUAAAGACUGCAGUUCUAUAUAAGUAUGACACAUAGAUUUCAUGGAGUUUAAGUACAAUCUCUUUUAGCACUUUCCAAUUUCUAUCCGUUUAUCCUAUACUGUAGCAUUACAGUCAUUUAUGGGAGAUGUUAAAUUAUGAAACAUACCUGUUUGUUUCCCAUCUGUAGCAAAUUUACUUAAAAUAUUUGAUUAGAUACAGGUUGGCCAUCGUAAUAUUUGAAAACGCAAGGAACAGCAAAAAAUAUAAAAUGUUCACUCUCCAGUUAACUGCCUCUCUCCAUUAUAAUCACCACAACAACACAAAUGAAUAAUCUGCCUUAUUUGUGCUUUGGUUUAUAUUACUGGUCCAAUACUGUUAACGUUUUUUUUUCUUCUUUUUUCAUCAACUAAAGUUUACAGAAGAAAUGUAAAUUAAUUAUUUUUGUGGUUUCUUUUCAUUACCACACAUAAAAAUGUAGUGUUCUCUUUUCCUUUUUUUAAAACUGUUCAUCUAAGGUGCUGGUGUUACUAUGUGGCGAAGGAUAAUGCAUAAUUAAAAUGAUUUGCCAAUACA